AUGUCCACCCAAGCAUUUCCAGCAUACUUCAUGCGUGGCGGUACUUCCAAUGGUCUUGUCAUUGACCGCAAACACUUGCCUAAGGACGAGAGCAAAUGGCAGCCGAUUCUGGCUAGUGUCAUGGGCUCUCCAGACAGCUAUGGACGACAGCUCGACGGCAUGGGUUCCGGAAUAUCCUCCACCAGCAAGAUCAUGGUCGUGUCCAGAUCCACUCGUGACGAUGCGGACGUGGACGCUACGUUUGUCCAAGUGGGCAUCAAGGAUGGCUCCCUUGACAUGGCUGGGAAUUGUGGCAACAUGUCUUCAGCUGUUGGCCCUUUCGCUCUCGACGCGGGCCUGGUUGCGAUGAAGGCGAGUAGAGACAGCAGACUGAGAGUGCGCAUGUUCAAUACAAACACCGCCAAAGUGAUUGUCAGUGAAUUCAGCGUGGACGAGAGAGGAAAGUACGACCCGCUGGGCGACUACGCGAUCGACGGAGUGCCAGGCACUGCGUCACACAUUGCUCUGUCCUUCCUGGAUCCUGCUGGUGCUAAGACCGGCAAAGCGCUGCCGACUGGGAAUGCAGUCGACGAAUUGCAGCUUGAAGACGCUAGCACAAUUAGAGCCAGUCUGACCGACAUUGCCAAUCCUGGCGUCUUUGUACUGGCCUCUGAUGUAGGUGUGCCUGGCAACAUCAAUCCGGAUGCACUUGGUGCUUACUCAAAUAUUAUGAGGCGGCUAGAAAUGAUACGACGAGCAGGCGCUCGAAGGAUGGGCAUGGACGAGAAUACGCAGAGCGUGCCAAAGAUCAUACUACUGUCACCUCCGAGUGCAGAAGAGGCUGCUCAGGGAAUAAAUAUUAUCUGUCGCGCACUCUCUAUGGGCCAAGCGCAUAAGGCAGUCCCGCUAACACUUGCUCUCAACCUUGGAGCAAGCUGUGGGAUUCCUGGUACACUCGCCAACCUUACAGCAAUCAUCACAGAUGGUAAGUCCUCCGUCGUCAUCGGUCAUGCGAGCGGCAAGCUUGGAGUUGGUAGUGUUGUGCAGGAUGGCAAGAUUGAAAGUGCGUUAUUACACAGGACGUCUAGGAUUCUGAUGAAGGGGGAGGUGUCGUACAGGACUGGAGGCUGA